AUGGGACGACAUUCUUGUUGUUUGAAGCAAAAAUUAAGGAAAGGUUUAUGGUCACCUGAAGAAGAUGAGAAACUGUUCAAUUACAUAACUAGGUUUGGUGUUGGUUGCUGGAGUUCUGUUCCUAAGCUAGCUGGUUUGCAAAGGUGUGGAAAGAGUUGCAGAUUGAGAUGGAUAAACUACUUGAGACCUGACCUUAAAAGAGGAAUGUUCUCACAGCAAGAGGAGGAUCUCAUAAUCAGUCUUCAUGAAGUUUUGGGAAACAGGUGGGCUCAAAUUGCCGCACAGCUACCAGGAAGAACAGAUAAUGAGAUUAAGAACUUUUGGAAUUCCUGUCUGAAGAAGAAGCUUAUGAAGCAAGGUAUUGACCCAACAACCCACAAGCCUCUAAGUCAAGUGGAGAUGAAAGAGGAGAAGGUUUGUACAGAAAAGCCAUCUUUCCAAAUACCACAGUCUAAAGGGUUGCCAAUUGUAUCAAACUUUACUGCACAAGAGCCAGCAUUUCUCAUUAAUGAUACAAUUUACAAUAGCAAUGGAUUAACAGAAGCUUCAAGAGAGCAAUUUAUCAACAAGCAAGCUUACGAUCCUUUGUCCUACUUUGAGUUCCCGGCCGCUACUGAUUCAACAGGGUAUAAUUCAAGUUUUUCAACUGUCUAUCAUCCAAGUGUUAGACCACUUGAUCAAAACCAGUUUGAAACAAGUUCAAACUUUGCAUUCACUUCAAUGCCAAGUUUAACAAGUUUUGACCAUGGAAGCAUGAGUGGGACAGAUUUAUCCGAUAACUCUGCUUCAAGAAUGAGUUCAAUGUUCUUGAAUGAGGCAAAGGAAAGCUCCAGUAACAGUUCAAACAUCAGCAAUUAUGCAGUAUACCAGAUGAACAGUAUGGUGGAGAAUGCAGCAGCUUUCCCAUCAUGGGAUUCUGAUGAUCAUAAGUUAGAGUCGGUGUUUCAAUUUCAUCAGGUCAAUGGGAUGAAGACAGAAGAGUUGAAGCCAAGUCCAUGGCAUGAUGCUGGACAGUUCCAUACUCAUCAGAAUUCAGUAGAUUUCAAUAGCUAUCGGCUAACGUCGCUGUCAGAAGAUCUAACAGGAGCAAAUUUUGAUGCCUUCCACCAGAUAUGA